GCUACACACCUGCUAAUCAUCACUUGACCCUAAAAUCGAUACAAUCAAUAACAAUGGCACCCGAAACCAUGAAGCAGUGGUCCGUGCAGGGCAAGGCCAACGGCUUUGACGAGCUUGCCUACAAUGAUGCACCGGUUCCUAAAGUUGGAGAUAACGAUGUUCUGGUGAAGUUCCACGCCGCAUCGUUGAAUUACCGUGAUCUUAUUAUCCCACGAGGCAUGUACCCUUUCGCCAUCAACUUCCCAGUUGUGCCUGGUUCGGAUGGAGCCGGUGAGGUUGUUGAAGUGGGUCCCAAGGUUACUCAAUUUAGCAAAGGAGACAAGGUGAUCACCUUGUUCAACCAGCUACAUCAGUAUGGUCCUAUCGAUCCUAGGGCUGCUGGAUCUGGGCUGGGUGGUGUUAUUGAUGGCACCCUGCGUCAAUACGGUGUCUUCAAUGAAGACGGUUUGGUGAAGAGCCCGAAGAACCUCACCCAUCUUGAGUCCAGCACUCUUUCGUGCGCAGCUCUUACUAGCUGGAACGCUUUGUAUGGCUCGAGACCUCUCCAGCCUGGACAGACCGUUCUUGUACAAGGUACUGGUGGCGUUAGCUUGUUCGCAUUGCAGUUCGCUAAAGCUGCCGGAGCGACUGUCAUCGCUACUACCUCCUCUGCCGAGAAAUCUGAAAAGCUCAAGGAGCUUGGCGCAGACCAUGUCAUCAACUAUAAGUCUGAUCCAAACUGGGGCGAGACCGCUCGCAAGCUCACUCCCAACAAUGUUGGUGUAGACUACAUCAUUGAGGUUGGCGGCAGCGGGACUCUUAACCAGAGCUUUAAGUGCAUCAAGUUCGAGGGAAUCAUUAGCGUUAUUGGGUUCCUCGGAGGCGUUGACCCUAAGACUCAGCCCAGCAUUCUUGAUACCCUGAGUAACAUCUGUACCGUUCGGGGUGUCUAUGUCGGAAGCAAGGAAUUACUUAACAACAUGGUUAGGGCUAUUGAAGCCAACGAUAUCCAUCCUGUUGUGGACCCUAAGGUCUUUAGCCUCGACAAGGCUAAGGACGCUUAUGAAUAUAUGUGGGGCCAGAAGCAUUUCGGAAAGCUGGCGAUCAAGAUCGAUUAAAUGUUUACGAAGUAAGAAUAUCUCCUGUAAUAAUUGUGACUGGUCAACAUAAUAUGUAUAAAAAUUACAAACUGGUUAAGCAUAAUGCACGUGGUUCUCAG